GGAAGCGCCCGAGUAGCUCCAGGCAAAUCCCGGCGCUUGUAGUCUGUAGUUUUUGCGAUCUUUAACCACUAAACCCUGCCUCCUAACAUGGGCGGUCCUAAUCUUGAAGUCUUCAAGUUUUCCUUGUAUCUCUUCAUCCCUAUAUGUGCCCUUCUUCACUUCGGUGAUCCUCAAUGGUACAGAAACACCGUCCUGCCUUAUAAAGAGCAAUUGUUUCCUCCGGAGCAAAGACUACUUCAGCAACUACCUACAGACCAAAGUUCUCUUCGAGAAGAAUUGGCCCGAAUCAAAGGUGAAAGAUUGGCGCGACGGCUGGCAAAGCAAGAGGAAAGUGAAAGAAGGUUAUAAAGGACCUGACGGCUCGUAGAAUAUACGAUAGAUAAUCAA